GUGUUUAAAGAUGUAUGAAGAGCCUUGAGGAGAAAGUAGAGUCUCUGUUAACCCAUUUCACUAACAGUGAAACUUCCAUACAGUGAUCUGCCUCCGUAAGCGCUUGUGGGACAGCCAGACGGGGCAGGUGGGGGGGUUCCACCUGCUGAAUGAACGCGGUCAGUAUUGGGGAGUACCAUGGGCUGCGGGUGGGCUCGGCCCUGCUCAGUAUUGUUGCAGGUUGUAUCAUCAUUGGCGUGUCAAAGGACUGUGAUGCAGAUGCUGUAGGAGGCAUUUUCCUCGGGGCAGGGGGGCUUGGUCUCCUCAUUUCCGUCUACCCGUUCAUAAGAGCAUGGCUCAGCUUCCAUCACAUACUGCCCAACAUAGGCAACUUCAGAGUGCACCCAAUGGCUACAAAUUUAAAUCCAGCCCCUGAACAGCCUGUGGCUACACUCACACGAGAGGGGACUCAAAGCCAACUUAAUGUAGAACGUUCGAAGAGCCGGAUGGGGACAUUUGUGGAGACAGCAGCUCCUACAGCAGCCGAGGGCUCACAUGAUGAUGGGCCUUCUGCAGACAUUCCAGAUAUCUUGGGCAGGCGAAAGUUUAAAUCGCCAUCUUCUGAUCAAGACCCUUCAUAAUGGCUGGAUCCGGAUGGAGUCUCGUUAAAGAGCAAACAGUAUUCAUUUCACAAUAAGCAAGGCUGAUCUAAUACUAAAAUACUGUUUGAUAAAAGCAAUGAGCAAGCUGAAAGUGAUCAAUUGAAAAACAAUAAAGUCAAGAAAAACCA